AUGAUCACACGAGGAAGAGGGGCUGGAACCCGGCAGCGCUCAAAGACCAAGAUCCAGCGGUUGGGGGCGCUGCUACCUGCAGUCAAUAGACCCACACUUGCCAUCCCACACUACUCAGAGGGAUGCGGGACAGACCCCACAGAGGGUGUAGACAAAAAGAGUGCUGCUCAGGCAUUCAAGGAAUGGUGGAGAAGUCAACCCUCAACAGAUCUAUAUGUUUUCUCAGAUGGAUCAGAACGGAACCUUGACAACAGCAGGCAGGUGAGCUAUGGCUUCAUAGUCUGUCAGGGAAAUAAACAGCUGGCCAGCUUCUCAGCUGCGCUGAGCCCUAUGUCACAUGUCUUCGACGCUGAGGCAGUUGGUGCCUGCCGGGCAUUAGAGUGCACUGUGAAGCUCCUACCUUGUGUCACAGAGGACGGCAGCAACCCUCAGAUCUGGCUCUGCCUCGACAACACCUCAGUCAUCUGGGGCAUACGGGGCAGUGCAGCAGCCUCCUCAAACUGGGCCUACAACCGCUGCCAUGAGCUCCUCAGACAGCACAAUGUCGGCCUGAAGUGGGCUCCUGGGCAUAUGGGGAUAGAGGGCAAUGAGGAAGCAGACCGCUUGGCUAAGCAGGCAGUCUCAUCCACUGCAGCCCCAGCCUAUGGUCUCGAGGCCACACCCACAGUCAGUGGGGUCCGCACAGUGGCCAAGCAGCUCAGCCAAGAGGCAAGGCGAAAGUGGUGGAGUGGAGCCUGUGGCAAGCUCUCUGACUGGUACCGGGGCUGGAGUUUCAGCAGGCCGACUGUGGAGUACCAAGUGAAGGCCCCUCCGGAGCUCACCAUGCCACGGCAUGCCCUUCACCGCUGGCUCGCACUCCGCUCCUCUCAUGGGGACUUCUCCUGGUACCACAGGCGUUUCCAGCAUGCAGAUGCGAGGCUCACCUGUGUCUGUGGACACAACAAGAGCCCAGAACAUUUGGUGCUCUGUCGACACUCACAGAGGCACUUUCUUCACUGGCCCAAGAGGCCAGCAGCACGGCCACACAACCGGGCGACAGCUGUUGCCUAUCUAGGGUCUCUGACCCCUACAGACUUUGUAGAACUGCUGGACUGCACGCAGUUCUACACACGGUACUGCACAAGGUAA